CGAUGGGCUAUUCUCAGCGCCAGCCAUCGCUAAGUUGCAAUUUACUGGGACUUCAGUCACUAUUUAGAAUCGAUCUUCAGCGCUCAUCAGCAGUGAUUGUGCAUUUUAGCGGCGAGAUCUGAACACAACCAAACACAAUGUCAUGAAUAGGCAACAAUAGACUGCGUUUCACUUCCCUUACGCAAACAGACGGACAAGCUGACAGAUUUUCAGCAAACGAAAUCAAUAAAACGAGCGGUGCUGGAAACAAAACUUUCCUUUUAAAAGACGCACCGCCUCUCUGCCUCUUUCCGGUGAACAUAAAAGACAUAGACGGGAAGGUGUAGAAUUGUGUUGCGUUAUUUUACAAACUUGUAUGAAGAGUGAAGGCUGACUGUGUACUUGUUAGCAGUUAGAAACAUCGGAAGCUCCUGAGGGAACAAGAAUUUAAUUGGUCUUAAUUGCUGUCUGCGCUUGUCAAGAUUCGGCGACACCCCUCAACCGAAAGAUCACGGCUACAUAUAAAAACCGAGAAGGAGUGUCACUGGGCCAUCAUUCGGUGUCUCUCUUUGUCAUCAGCAAAAGUAUUAAAGUUGGCAACUCAUUAGAAGAGACAUCAACGUUGUGACGAGAAGAUAUUGGUAAUCUUCUACUCCCAUAUAUUCAACAAGUUUCAUUGUUAUGACACAGAAUACAUUCUCAAUGAAGAAGCUGUUAUCAGACGGAAAGAAAGAGCGGGCUGGAGAGGCGGACCAGAAGGAGGAGAAGCCUCAAGAAAAUGGCGGAGAAAAUCGAACAACAGAAGGGGCUGGUGUUGAGGUAGUGCUUGAUGACUCAGAGUUGUGGUCGAAGUUCGAGAAACUUACAAAUGAAAUGAUUGUGACGAAAAACGGAAGACGAAUGUUUCCAGUUUUGAAGAUGGCUGUAAAAGGUUUAGAACCACAAGCGAUGUACUCAUUUCUCCUUGACUUUGUUGCCGUAGAAGAUCAUCGCUGGAAGUACGUUAACGGUGAAUGGGUUCCUGGUGGAAAACCGGAGCCGGCUUCAACCAGCUCGGUUUAUAUUCACCCGGACUCACCGAACUUCGGCUCUCAUUGGAUGAAAAACCCCGUUGCAUUCACAAAGGUGAAACUCACGAACAAAAUGAACGGAGAAGGCCAGGUCAUGCUUCAUUCUCUUCACAAGUACCAGCCUCGAAUUCACAUAAUACGUGUUGGGGCCCCAGACGGAGAACAGACCGUUAGUACCCACAGCUUCCCAGAAACACAAUUCAUAGCUGUAACGGCUUAUCAGAAUGAAGAGAUUACUGCUUUGAAAAUCCAACACAACCCAUUUGCAAAAGCCUUUUUGGAUGCAAAAGAAAGAUCUGAACACAAAGAGCUGGUUGAGCGUGAUGCCAUGGGUCAAUAUGCGUCAAAUUAUGCCUAUGUCUAUUCUUCAAUGAUGUGUCCAAGUGCACAAAGUACUCUCUCAGGCCCCAUGUCAUGUGAAAGGCGUUCACACAGAGCCUCGCCGUAUCCUUCACCUUAUCAAAGAACUUCAGACAUGUUACAGUCAGGCAACUGUUCAUCGUACUACCGUAAUUCAGACUCGCCAUAUUUGUCGAAUUCCUGCAUUCAGUCUCAAACUUGGCCACUACAUCACCUAGGGUAUCCAUCAAUGCUUCAAUCGACCCACCAGAUCAACAAACAAGCGGAUUCACUCCAGUCAUCAUCGGACUACAUUAGCAGUGGCUCAUACUCCCCUCUCGGACAAUACUCAAUGCACAAUAGAAAUGCUGAGCAAAGCAUCGCCUGGAACCAUUCCGUAAUUUAUCCUUGAUUCGCUCUUGCAUUUAUAAUAAUUCUACCAAAUAUUGAGGGCCAAUGCGUCACCAUAAGAGUUGAUGGGCAUUCAAGUUCCCCGUUUUGCUUAUUUUGGACCAUGUGAUAGUAGAACAUGCGUUUUUUCUAACAUGCUCCACAUAUUUCUGGCUCUAGAACUUCCCUACUGCACCAUGAAGCUUUAGAACUAAUAAAAGGGCAAAUAACUGCAUCAAUUUUAAACGUAACUCAUGCGAAAUCACCGUUGAUUCACGUUUAAUGCUGAAAAUAGAGCAAUUCUGAGACAGUGCCUAACAUUAGAUGUAAAGAAAACCACUAGAUGUAAGCCCUUUGUUGAAUUGGGUUAAAAAUCCAUUUAUUAUUACACAGUUCGUAAUUUAUGUAAAUGUAUAGUUCAAAAUUGUAUAAAGAUAAAUCUUUAUUGUUGAAUUUUAACUGUUGAUUUGCUUUUAAGGCAAAUUUUUACUCGAUUCCUCUGAAUCAGAUGUUUAUAGACUUCAAUUUCCACAUAGGCAGCUCAGAAAUAUCUCCAUAACUGCCCAGAACAUUAGACAAACGGAGACACAAAUAGACAUUUAAAAGCUAUGCAAAAGUCUAUUUUCUUACGGAAGCAAUGCAAAAGAGAAAACUAGUUUUAGAUUCAAACACCAUGAACUCUGCUACGCAACGUCCCUUGCAAAGUUCUUCUGAGUCUGUGUUAUAAAUGACGAAUAGGUACCAACGUUUUCAAGUGCAACUCUCGUGCUGAAAAACUCACUGAUGUAAAGGAAUUCCUGUCUCCCCUUAUGUUUUGUUUUAACAGGGAGUUUUCGCAGAAUGAUUUUCUUUCCAUAAGGGAUAAUUUUUUCUGAUGAGGUUUUGUUAACGAAGUUUUCUUAUGAGUAUCGACAAAGCAUUAAGGACCUAUCACGAUCCCUUUUUUCUUUCAUAAAAUAGCAUUUGAUUAAGAGGAAUUGUUUAAGACAAAAUAAUUAACUUAAAAGAUCUUACUGUUAGUUGUUUGAUUAAGACGCAAUCACAUUUACAAAAGCAAAAAUUGUGCAUCGAGACAGUCGUGUAAAUGUAUUACAUUGCACCCACGUUUGUCACAUCAAAUAUACGUAUAUUUAUUGAAAGCACUUGUAAAUAACAUAUAUGCUUUGUUACUAAGAUUUAUUCUGACAACCUA